GGAAUGUGGAUCUAGUAAACGGCUUUAUUAGAAAAAAGAAAGAAAAAAAAACUCAGGAUGUAAAGAAAACCAAAACACUAGGAACCAAGCACAGAACAUGAAAAAUAAACAUGCAAGAACUGACACAGGAAAACCAAGGGCUUAAAUACAAAAGGGAAUGAGGAACACCUGAGGAAACAAUCAGGGAGAACCAAUAAAAGGAAUAAAACUAACAGGAACUAAAUAAUUUCAACAUAAAAGUACAAAAAGACAACAGUGAAUAAGACAGGAGCGGAUUCCAGAUGCUCCAAAAAAAAAAAAAAAAAAGUGAAACAUGUGGCUCGGGGGGGCACGGAGAGCAGAGGAACAUGGCAAGUUCAGGGAGCAGAUCAGGUGGGCGGCAAGGAGACCAGAGCAGAUCAGGCGGGCGGCCGGGAGUCCAAGGGGACCAGAGCAGAUCAGGCGGGCGGCCGGGAGUCCAAGGGGACCAGAGCUGAUCAGGCAGGCGGGCGGGAGUCCAAGGGGACCAGAGCUGAUCAGGCGGGCGGCCGGGAGUCCAAGGGGACCAGGGAAUAUCCGGGGGACGGCCGGGAGACCAAGGGCGGAACCGGGGGAUGGCUGGGAGACCAAGGGGACCAGAGCAGACCAGAUGGCGGCCGGGAAACCAAGGGGACCAGAGUUGAUCAGGCGGACGGCCAGGACACCAGACCUGAUCAGGCGGAUGGCCAGGAGACCAAGGGGACCAGAGCUGAUCAGGUAGACGGCCACAGGACGGGAACUGGGUCAGGGGGCCUGGGAGGCGGCCACAGGACGGGGACUGGGUAAGGGGGCCUGGGAGGCGGCCACAGGACGGGGAAAAAGGCGGAGCCAUGGAAGUCUCUGGGGGCAGAAACUGGGGAGCAGAAGCCCUUCUCCUCUGGAUGAUUGACGUUUGCAAUGUUGGCUCUGGGACGGACGAGGCUGGCAAUGCUGGCUCUGGGAUGGACGAGACUUCUGGCUCGUUGGCCGUGGCAAGAACUGACCAAGGAAACAGGGACACCAAGGGCUAAAAUACACAAGGGAAUAAACAAGGGAACGAGGAACACCCGGGGAAACAAUAAGGGAAUGAGAAAUAAUCAGGGACAACCAAUCAAGGAAUAAAACUACAAACGACUACAAAAUUAACAGGAAACAGGAACUAAACAAGAAUUUCAACAUAAAAGUACAAAAACAAAAGACAACAGGGAAUAUGACAGACAGUUUUCACAGCUUUCCUAGAGGAAAGCAAUUCAAUUUAUAUACGAUAAUUAUACACAUUUUAAAACACUAAAAUUAAAACAAUGCUUGCUUUUAUUACAUUUACAUAAAAUAUAAAUAAACAUAAAUGUGCAUACAUAGUUUACAUAUUAAGUAAGAGUACACAUGUAUGUAUCAAUGUGCAAAACAAAAUUAAUCAAAUUUAUUGAUUAUAUAAAACUUAUCAAACACUUGUUUCUCAUAAUUUAUAAAACCAAUUUUAUUUUAAUUAUUCAAUGCUUCAAGAACGUAUUUGUGCAUAGUCACAUUAAUAACAUCACAAAAAUUGUAAUUCCCUUAUGUCUACAUAUUUCCAGUGCUCCCCCAAAAGGUUAACGUGAUUCGAUGUCACAAAAUUAGAGAAAUUUGGUUAACAGAGAGACCAUAUUUAUUUUUCGUUUUUCCCCCCAGUUCAGUUACAGUAAUUCCUACUUCUUCAAAUUUCAAAAUAUCAUAUUAAAAAUAAAAUAUCACAUCACAAAUUAUUUUUAAAAAAUUACAAAUUUUCUGUGAACACCAAGAAUUCCAUCCAUCAAACGGAAUGAAGGCAAAUGAGCAAUCAGAUAUCGCGAGAUUCCGCGAGUCUGCUCCACAGGCAAUCCGUGAACGGGAGUCAGUCAGUGUAGGACGGAGUUAUGCCUGUUUGUUAGUGCAGAAGGUGGGGGAGUGUGGGUCGUUGACUUGACACAGGGGUUGCUUGAAUUUAGUUCGGGAGAGCGAGAAUGGCGUCAGGCGAAACACUGUAUAUUGAGACGGACGGCUCUGAGAUGCCGGCCGAGAUAGUGGAGCUGCAUGAAAUCGAAGUUGAGACCAUUGAGACUACAGUGGUCGGAGACGACGACGAGCACCAGCCGAUGAUCGCUCUGCAGCCUCUGGUUUCAGACGAUCCUAACCAUGUAAACCAUCAGGAGGUGAUUUUGGUGCAAACUCGAGAGGAGGUCGUGGGCUGCGAUGAUUCAGACCUCCAUGCGGACGACAGUUUCGAGGACCAAAUCCUCAUUCCCGUGCCAGUGGCAAAGGAGGAAUAUAUCGAGCAGACUUUGGUGACAGUGUCUGGCAAGAAUCAGUCGGGUCGGAUGAAGAAAGGGGGAGGCAGCGGGAAAAGAAUGGUAAAAAAAAGCUUCUUAAACUCUGCCGAGGCGAGCGGACGCAAAUGGGAACAGAAGCAAGUGCAGAUAAAAACACUGGAGGGGGAGUUUUCCGUCACUAUGUGGGCAUCGGAUGAUAAGAAGGAUGUUGAUCAUGAGACUGUGGUGGAAGAGCAGAUUAUUGGAGAAAACUCCCCUCCAGACUACUCUGAGUACAUGACAGGAAAGAAACUGCCACCUGGUGGUAUACCUGGCAUUGACCUGUCAGAUCCCAAACAGCUGGCAGAGUUUGCAAGAAUGAAGCCACGGAAAAUAAAGGAGGAUGACUCUCCAAGGACAAUAGCAUGUCCCCACAAAGGUUGCACAAAAAUGUUUCGAGAUAACUCUGCAAUGAGAAAGCACUUGCACACCCACGGGCCACGGGUGCAUGUCUGCGCUGAAUGUGGGAAGGCUUUUGUGGAAAGUUCCAAGCUAAAACGACAUCAACUGGUCCAUACUGGUGAAAAGCCUUUCCAGUGUACAUUCGAGGGUUGCGGUAAACGAUUCUCAUUGGACUUUAACUUGCGCACACACGUGCGGAUUCACACCGGUGACAGACCUUAUGUUUGCCCCUUCGAUGGUUGCAACAAGAAAUUCGCUCAGUCCACCAACCUGAAGUCUCAUAUUUUGACACACGCAAAAGCUAAAAACAAUCAGUGAGGUUGCUCAUUGUGCAAUGAUCCCUAAAGACUCCUUCCUGUGCCCCCACUUUUUAUGUUGUUUCUAGAUACCCCUCCCCCAGAGAAUCUCCGUGCACAUUUUGAUGGGAAUUCAAAUGUGAAUGAGGACCAAACACCAAACUAUCCCGUCAACUUGAAUUAAAUGCAAAACUUCCCAGUUAUGAGAGUUUCUUCUUUUGAAGAUGUGAGUGUUAUUGUGGACUGUCAUUCACAUUCAAGAUGCUCAUUCUCCUGAGCCCAAAGAAGCUAAAUUUUCGGUCUGUGUGUCUAUUUCUACAGUUUGUAAAGACUGCUUUUUAGAUGUCUUCAAAGUGUGCAUAUUGUACACUUUUUAGAGUGUAGAGCUGUUGUUUGUUUGUUUGUGUGUGUGCGCGCGUGCGUGCCUGUUGUCCCUGAGACUUAAAACCUGUGAAUGAUUUCUUCAAGGAGAAUGAGAUGCCGUUCAGCUUUUUUUUCAGUGUAAAUAGAGCUUUUCUGUGUGAGAGGUAUCCUGUGCAGGUAUCUCAUUUUGUAUACCUGUCCUGUACAAAUGUUUUGAAAUCAUGUAGAUAGAGAUGUUGAUUAGAUUGUGUAUAACCCAAUUAAAACAGUUUUAUCCAGCUUCAGGAAAUACUAUUGCAUACACAUGCCUUCUUUUGUAACACAAUAAUAAUCUACUCCGUAUGUGAAAAGACAGUUUUCCUUUAAAUCCUCUAAUUUAUUUAAUAUGGAAUAAAGCUAAACUUCCCUGUACAGUCUGUCAGCUGAAGUGUCCUCUUAUAUUUGUUUUUUUUAAAGACAAGAAUUUGCUUUCACAUUUCACAAACUGUUUUUUGGCCACCUGAAUGUCACAAUGGUCUGAUAAAUGAAACACUGAGUCACCAUAUUACCUGUAGAUAAAGGUAACACAGAAGUGAACAUGAAAUGGAAUAAAU